UAUCAACAACACGCGCUGGCAACGCUUAUCGUCGGCAUAGCAGUGCAAAAGUAAAGUAAGAAGAAUUUUAGUUGGCAAAACAUACUAUGGGAUAAACUGCUAAUCUACAAUUCAAUAUAAUUGAUGUUAUAGCCGCCGGAAUAAGUUUCUGCGCUUGGAAAAGCAGCUGCAAUUUGAAUCUCCUACACAUUUUUGUCUACUCGAUUAAAGCUACAGCUAGAGUUGCGAUGAAUUUGGUUGAGACGCUGCGAGAUUUCCAAGUGCUAGGCAGCAAGGACCAGGUGAAAUGUGCAUUAGGCGCUCGAGUGUUUUUGGACUUGCAAUGUGAUAGCCGAGUUACGAAUUUGGAAAAAUGUUAUGAUUCUGAUUUGAACUUAGUUUAUUUACAAGGAAAACGUGACGACGCUUUUGUAGCAUUUAUUCCUGUACUGUCAAGUCAACCGUUAAACCUCCUCGAUAUUGAAAAUAUUCAGAAAUUCCUAAUCAAAAGUACAUACAUUACACUUGCCGUUUGCGAUACAUCAUCAAAUAUUCUAUAUUACCAAAUAUCUUCGGGGGUAAUCAAAAAAUAGAAUAACACACACCACGUCCCACGUCUAGAUGUUGUGGAAAACGGUGGUUUUCUUACCAUAAUUCAUUCGGCGGUAACUGGUCUCCGAAAUAUAAAAGCGAAGCCCGGGGCUGAUUGUAAUAAAUUGUUGGAGAAAAAUAUCUGCAAAAAAUUGUAGCAGAGACUCUCUCCUUCACUGUAUGUAUGUAAUGUUAAAAAAAAAAUUGUCAUUGUGGUUUUUAUGCUUAUUUAUAAAUAAAAUAGGAACUAUUUUUGGUGUUAAUAUGAAUCACUUUUUGAACUUUAUUAAUACGUAAUGACUACAUAUAUGAAAAUUUAAUUUUCACAAUUUAUGACAAUGAAGCAUUUAUAAUUUUAUUAAUUACACAAUCAUUUAUUUGUUAAUCCUUUUUAAUUAAUACGUUUAUGAUCUUAGUGUAAAAAUAUGUUUUAUUAUUAUUUAUAUAUGUAUAUAUUUCUAUAAAUAGGGUCUGAACUGGCAAAAUAUUAAUGGCCUUAUUGGAGUUACUGUUCUUACUACAUAUGAAUUUGUAAUUUAUUUUCUCAAGGGAUUUAUAUAAUAUUUAGCACUUUUAAAUACACUUCGUGUGAGGUUUUUCAUUCAUAUGCAAUUAGGCACGUAAUUAUAAUAUUAUAGCAUUGUAUUUUUAAAUGAAUUUCAACUUUAUUAUUAUUUUUUUUUCAUUUGCAAGAUCAAAAAAGUUCUAAAAUAUAUAAUUGGCAUAAUUUUUUAACACUAAAUACUCAAAAAGUAAAAGAAAUCAUUUACCAAAUAAUAAAAUAUAUUUAUAUAUUCUUGUUGAUUUAAGCAAAAGUAUUGUCCGCCAUUUUUGUAACGGAAAUUUUGGCCUUGGAAUGGAUUAUUGUAGCACUAAUUAUCCAAAUUAUCCAUUAUUUAAGUUUGAAAAAAUAAAAACUAAUUUCAUAUAAAAUGAGUUAAAAUGAAAUUCAAUAAUAGUUUCGAACAGUUAAAAUGUUCAAUAGUUUUAAUUUAGUUAUAGUUACUUUAAUGUUCAAAACUAAAUAAAACUGACACACUUAAUAUGUUCGCUUUGAGCAAAUAUUCUUAGAA